UGAUGCUGCUAACGUGCACCCAACACGUCCAAAGCAGGCCAAGAUUUCAGAGCGGCUACGGGGACCUCAGGAAUGCGGUCCUGUGGCUCGGAGACAUCACCUAUGGGACAAAACACGCAGUAGUCUCCAGAGUGGAAAGAAGCGCGAGCGCCCAGGGGCAACCGGAAGAGGGCGGUCGGGAGGGAGGGAGCGGGAGCAGCUCCGUUCUCGCGAGCUUUCCUCUUCGCUCACCUGCACGGGAGAUAUCGCCAGAAGAGCCGAGGCAAGAUGGCCGUGCCCUGGUUUUCGGUGUGAGACGGUGGCAGCAGCUGCGGUGCUAAAGGGAACAGCGGCGGCUGCGGAGACAGCGGAGGCGGGGACUGUAGUCUGGUAUCGUGGGCGCCGGAGCUCCAUCUCCUCCUGCGAGCGCGCGACUCCCGGAGCCUCGGCGGGCGCCACCUCUCCGUGCCGCGCGAGAUGCGUGUGUCGCGGGCUGGCGGGCGCUCCGGGAGUCCAUGCUGCGCCGGACGCUGCUGGCCGCCGCUCUAAUCGCUUCCCGCCGCCGCAGCGCCGGCCCCGUCGCCCGCGGCGAGCCUCCCGGGUCCCCUCCCUGCCCCCGGCGGCGUCGGCGGCGAUGACCGGGGAGAAGAUUCGCUCGCUGCGCAGGGACCACAAGCCCAGCAAAGAGGAGGGGGAUCUGCUGGAGCCCGGCGACGAGGAGGCGGCGGCGGCCCUCGGCGGCGCCUUCACCGGGGGCCGGGUCGGCGCCGGCGGCAAGGGCGGCAAAGCCUAUCGUCGUAUCUUCAGCAACCACCACCACCGGCUGCAGGUGAAGGCGGCCCCGGCCUCCUCCGGAGCCCCCGGCGCCCCGGCCCUGCCGCUGCACAACGCGGUGCCUGCCACCCCUCAGCCCCCGGUCCUUCUCGCCGGCACCAACCCUGUCGCUGUGGUCGCCGACAGAGGCAGUGGCCCCGCACACUACCCGGUGCACGAGUGCGUCUUCAAGGGAGAUGUGCGGAGACUCUCCUCCCUUAUCCGCACGCAUAACAUCGGGCAGAAAGACAAUCACGGAAACACUCCUUUACAUCUUGCUGUGAUGUUAGGAAAUAAAGAAUGUGCCCACUUACUCCUGGCUCACAAUGCUCCGGUCAAGGUGAAAAACGCUCAGGGAUGGAGUCCGCUGGCAGAAGCCAUCAGCUAUGGAGACAGACAGAUGAUUACAGCUCUUUUAAGGAAGCUUAAGCAGCAAUCCAGGGAAAGUGUUGAAGAAAAACGACCUCGAUUAUUGAAAGCCCUGAAAGAGCUAGGUGAUUUUUAUCUAGAACUUCACUGGGAUUUUCAAAGCUGGGUGCCUUUACUUUCCCGAAUUCUGCCUUCUGAUGCAUGUAAAAUAUACAAACAAGGUAUCAAUAUCAGGCUCAACACGACGCUCAUCGACUUCACCGACAUGAAGUGCCAACGCGGGGACCUGAGCUUCAUUUUCAAUGGGGACGCAGCCCCCUCGGAAUCCUUUGUAGUAUUAGACAACGAGCAGAAGGUCUAUCAGCGGAUACACCACGAGGAAUCAGAGAUGGAAACGGAAGAAGAGGUUGACAUUUUAAUGAGCAGCGAUAUUUACUCUGCAACUUUAUCAACCAAAUCAAUUUCUUUCACACGUGCCCAAACCGGAUGGCUUUUUCGGGAAGAUAAAACAGAAAGAGUAGGAAACUUUUUGGCAGACUUUUAUCUGGUGAAUGGACUUGUUUUAGAGUCAAGGAAAAGAAGAGAACAUCUCAGUGAAGAAGAUAUUCUUCGAAAUAAGGCCAUGAUGGAGAGUUUGAGCAAAGGUGGAAACAUAAUGGAACAGAAUUUUGAGCCAGUUCGUAGACAGUCCCUGACCCCUCCUCCACAGAACACCAUCACGUGGGAAGAGUACAUAUCAGCCGAGAAUGGAAAAGCUCCUCAUCUGGGUAGAGAACUGGUAUGCAAAGAGAGUAAGAAAACAUUCAAAGCCACCAUCGCCAUGAGCCAGGAAUUCCCCUUAGGAAUCGAUUCAUUGCUGAAUGUGUUGGAAGUAAUAGCUCCCUUCAAGCACUUUAACAAGCUUAGAGAAUUUGUUCAGAUGAAACUUCCUCCAGGUUUUCCUGUGAAAUUAGAUAUCCCUGUGUUUCCCACCAUCACAGCCACUGUGACUUUUCAGGAGUUUCGGUAUGAUGAGUUCGAUGGCUCCAUCUUCACCAUCCCUGAAGACUACAAGGAGGACCCAAGUCGUUUUCCUGACCUUUAGCCGAGAAGGGGGAUGGUGUCAUGGAAUCAAGAGAACGCAGAGACCCCGAAGCGAAUCCGAGCCGAAGGGACAAAUGCCGUCCGUGGAGACAGGGAACCGGGAACAGACUGGACACACCAGCGACAGGGUGAAAGAGCCAGGCCUCUAGCAGCAUUGCGUGGGUUUCCCGACGUGCCAUUUCCGCUCUUUUUAGAAUCUAAGUGUGAUAGUUGACACCUUACUGACCCCAAGACCUUCGUAUGUAAAGCAGCUAUCAGUGCUGUGAUUUGUUUUUAAAGAUUUUCACACGUUGAAAUAUAUAUGCAUAUAAAUAUAUCUGUAUCUAUAUCUACUCUAACACUCCUGGACCAUUAACGUAAAGUCAGUGUCUUAAGAGAGGUGACGCCCUUUUAAACUUGGCACCUUAUAUUCAAGGUGACAUUUAUAAAUACUCCUUUGAGCUUUGUUUUCACAAACUGUAACUAUGUAACAUUAUGUACAGCUGAGUCAUCGGGAUAUGUGUUCAGUAUAAUGAACUAGAAGGAACCAAAUGGUGGCCGCAAGGCAGUUGCAUUUCUGCAAGGUGAUGGUGGCGGAGGGCACUCACUGCAGGGAAUAAGGUACCUCCUCUAGCACCUUAGUGCGCUCAUUGUGGUGCUAUUUGUUUUUACCUGAUUCUUUCUCCAGCGGGAAGCUUGGGUACUAAUCUUCCUAUCCUGGACCCUCUAUUGCUUUCUUCCUCCUGUUCCUAGGGUGUGGCAUGCUUAGAGACUGUCCUCCUCCGAAUCUCAGCACUUUACACAGACUCCAGAUUUUUUAACUUGCUUCCUAAUAAUUAGUGCACAUGUCUGAUUGUUUUGUUUUUAAGUUGGAUGUGGAAACAUUCUUGUCAUUUUAAAGAAAAUGGCACCAAUCAUGUAUUCUGGACAACCCUGCAUAUUUCACAGGUUCAUGAUGGGGCUGUAAUUCAUCUUGCUGCGGGUGCCUUGAGCCAGCGGUGUACGUGUGUGACUGGCCCCUUGGGUGGCUUAUUAGUUUUAUUAGUAGAAAGGCCAAGAAAGUGAUGAGAUCCUUUUGUGCCACCACUGGUAAGCACCACCCCCCCAGUCACGUCAUCACCCGAGACUCGGGCCAGUGAGAGCGUUACUGUUUUCAGACACAUUUUCUCUUCUAACCGUGUAUUUGUUACAAGCUGAAGUCCAGAUGCCUAUAACAAGGUUGGUGAUUCCUAUUAGUUUUUUUUUUCCAAGACACAGGAAAUUACUGAUUUUAAUUGUUUCCAAAGUGUUAAAAUCAUGUUCACUCAUUUUUGUACUUAAAAUUUUUGAUAUUUAUUUCAAGCUGGUUUGAAGGUCCAAGAAUGAAAAACAGUUAGGGAGAAUAAUGUGUAACAGUCAUAAAGUGUUGUGUUGUGUUAAUAAGCUGAUCCAAAUGUUUUUAAAAUCUGUCCUGAUGAAUUUGUCAAGUUUGCAACUGUCACGUUUUUAGAGUGACCAGUAUUUCAAAUACUUUCUGGAAGUUUAGAGAAUUUGAAAUGAGUUUAGAGACCUUUAUUGAAGAGAUGAUUUAUUGAAGAAUCCAAAGCAUCAACCAUAAAAUUUUUAUAAUAAACACUUGUUCUCUUAUUACUAGUAUAUGUUUGCUCUACAGUCAAAUUCAUCUUAGAGGAUUCAUAAAUUUCCAGACUGCAUCCUAAUCAUUUGUAUGCUUUCCCUUCCUUCCCCAUCAGCCUUUCUCCUUCUGAUUCCCACACCCCCUCCCUGUCUCCAUAUAUCUCCCUGCUUCAAAUCCCUUUUAUUUUGUUCCUUAAAUUAUUUAUACGUUGGGUUUCUCAUAUAAGCAAAACCAGUAAUAAACAACUUUAAAACUGCAUCUUCCACACUGGUACAUACAUGGCCGAAUGGUCUUGUUUUGUGGUGCUGGGGAUUGAACCCAGAACCUUUGCACUGAGUUACACCCCCAGCCCUUCUUUUAAUUUUUGAGAUAGGGUCACAUGGAGUUGCCCAGGCUGGAUUUGGACUUGCAGUCCUCCUGCCUCAGUCUCCCAGAGUGCAGGGAUUACAGAUGUGUUACCAGCUGAGUACAUUUUACAGUGAAGAAAAAUAAUCAUAGUUAAAAAUUCAAAGACCUGAUCACUACCUUCUCUGGAUCUGCUGGAUUGUGAGGGACAAACUGAUAACCCAGAGCUGGCUUUGAGAAGCUUUCACGAGUUGGGGGCAAGUUGUAGACAAGGACUCAGACUGAACUGUCCUGCCAGUGGUUCCGAGGUUUGAGGCCAAAAGGUGGCAAGGGCCUUGGACUCCCUUGGUGGGGUUGUGGCGUAGUUUCCAAGUACAGCUUGGAAAGUGCCGGUGGCAUCAGCAUGGGGUUAUCAGUUUGCUAACCCUGAGUAUUCUGCUGGGAGUCAGUGGAGACUACUGAAGAUUUUUGCACUUGGGUUUUUUUAAAACUCACCUUUUCCUUUAAAGAAUAGUAGAAACAGUAUCCAUUCCAAAAUGUCUUUUCUCUGAUCAUACAGAACAAAUGUCAGUAUCUUUUAUGAUGGUGGAAAAAUGUUAAUGCAAAUAAACUUCACAAUAUUAGAUUUUCAAAA